GGAUCCCUCACCAUUCAUUUUACUUUUCAUUAACAGCGCGACCCUUCUGAUCUCACCUCGCUCCUUCUCCUUCUCCUUCUCCUUCAAUAUCAUCCUCUUCAUCUGGUUCUUGUUCUUACACGGGUCGGAUCUCUUCUGCUUUGUCAUAAAGUUGGUUAUAUUGUACAAAGCUUUCACAAAAGUAAGUGAAGUACUCGGUUGAAAUGGAGAACGGAGGGGGUGUUCUGAUGGACCGAUAUGAAUUGGGAAGAUUACUUGGGCAAGGGGCGUUUGCCAAGGUUUAUCAGGCGAGGAAUAUCAGCACGGGUAUGGAGGUUGCCAUCAAGAUGAUCAACAAAGAGUAUGUUUUGAAAGUUGGAAUGCGGGAUCAGAUUAAGAGAGAGAUUCAAGUCAUGAAACUAAUUAGGCACCCGCAUGUGGUGGAGCUUUACGAAGUCAUGGCCACCAAGACCAAGAUUUACUUAGUCAUGGAAUUUGCUAAAGGCGGUGAGCUAUUCAACAAGGUAGCCAAAGGAAAAUUGAAGGAGGACGUCGCACGGAGAUACUUUCGACAGCUGAUUGCUGCUGUUGAUUACUGUCACAGCCGGGGUGUUUUUCACCGUGACUUGAAACCAGAGAAUCUGCUCUUAGAUGAGAAUGGGAAUUUGAAGGUUUCCGAUUUUGGGUUGAGCGCCCUUGCUGAAUCAAAGCAUGAAGAUGGGUUGCUCCACACAACUUGCGGGACCGAAGCUUAUGUUGCUCCAGAAGUGAUCCAUCGAAGGGGUUAUAAUGGAUCCAAAGCUGAUAUUUGGUCAUGUGGCGUGAUCUUGUAUGUUCUAUUAGCUGGUCGCCUUCCCUUUUUUGACUCUAAUCGCGUGCAGAUGCUCCUAAAGAUUGUAAAGGGAGAAGUCAAAUUUCCAGAGUGGUUUGCCCGGGAUGUGUGUCGACUCCUUUUGAAGAUCUUAGAUCCAAACCCAAACACAAGAAUUUCAAUGACCAAGAUUAUGGAGAGUUCUUGGUUCCGGAAAGGUCUAGACUCCAGAAAUAUAUGUAUCGUAAGAGAAGUGAAAGAACCGCCGCCUCUUGAUGCGGAUGAAUUAUUUGGCCCUGAUGAGGGUGAAAAUUCCAUUACAGAGUCAAAGCAGGAACCUUCGAGGCUUAGCAACUUGAAUGCUUUUGAUAUCAUAUCAUAUUCUCCAGUAUUGGACUUGUCUGGAUUGUUUGUGGGAGUGGAUCAAAGAAAGGAAGUUCGGUUCAUGGUGAAUAAACCUGCUUCUACUAUAAUCUCUAAGCUUGAGGAUAUAGCCAAGCGCCUGAGGCUGAAGGUUACGAAGAAGGAUGCCGGACUGAUGAAAUUCGAAGGCAUGAAGGCUGGAAGAAAGGGUGUCCUCGGUUUCGAUGCAGAAAUCUUUGAGAUUAUUCAGGCUUUUCAUUGGGUGGAGAUGAAGAAGUCAAGUGGGGACACAAUGGAGUAUCAGAAGGUACUGAAAGAGGAAAUAAGACCAGCUCUUCAGGACGUUGUCUUGACCUGGCAAGGGGGGUGACCGCUGCCGCCCCCACCACCUCCACUGCUACACCGGCGGCUUGUGGAACUAGAAGAAUCACAUCCUUCUCAUGAUUCGACUUUGCCAGUCACUUUGUCGUUGGAUUGACAAUGAGUACUCUCCAACCUUGUGGUCUUUUACCUUUGUUCUCAGAAAUUGUUGUUGUUGUUCAAGUGGUUGGAAUUACAUAAAUGGUGUACUCAAUGA